CUGCUGUGUAGGACGGACAAUACAGAGGUAACCCUGAAGUUACCAUGGUAGCCGCAGAUCCAGGUAGCACAGGCCUCAGAAUCUGUGAACGUGUCCGGGAGACGGCCGGUUAGGUCAUCAGGGUCACGGAGGGAAGCUGCGCCCACCCGGGAGUUCGACGUGUGUUCCGGCUUGAAGCUCCGUCGCCGCAGAAGAACCGUGCUCGCGAGGAUGGAGGACGACUGUGUGUGCGAGUACGACUCCACCUGGGACACGGAGAGUGAUGGAGACGAGCCGGCUGCAGAGAGCCAGAGCCAGAGCCAGAGCCGCCGCUCCAGUCAGGACAAAAACAAAUCCGCCUGGACUUUGUGGCACCACACGUCCAGGAACAUGAGGGCAGCGAAGGACAUGCAGAACUACAGGAGAGGAUACCCGAAUCUCACAGAUGACGAGUGCUCCGAAGACAAAAUGAACAAUUUGCAGUUUUACCUGAAUAAGUUUCCCUCCGCUCCUGAUGACAUUUACAUCGAGUCGUUUCUGAAGGACUGGAAGAACGACUACAAGCGACUGGAGAGAGUUCACUCGUACAUCCAGUGGUUGUUUCCGCUCAGAGAGCCGGGGGUGAACUACAUGGCUUCAGAACUCAGCAAGAAGGAAAUUGAGGCGUUUAAGAAGAACGAGGAGGCGAAGAGGAGACUGGUCGAGUCCUACGAGCUCAUGUUGGGCUUCUACGGCAUCCGACUGGUCAACAAAGACACGGGUGAAGUGAAACGCGCUGAGAAUUGGAAGGAGCGCUUCGGAAACCUGGAGCGGAACAUGCACAACAACCUGCGUAUCACCCGCAUCCUGAAGAGCCUGGGCGAGCUGGGGUUCGAGCACUACCAGGCGCCGCUGGUUCGCUUCUUCCUGGAGGAGACCCUGGUCAAGAAGAACCUCGGCAGCGUCAAGCGCAGCGUGCUCGACUACUUCCUGUUCGCCGUGCUGGACAAGCAGAACCGCCAGGAGCUCUUACGCUUCGCCUUCCUUCACUUUGAGCCCAAGGACAAGUUCGUGUGGUGUCCCAGGAAGAUUCAGAAACAACUGCGGAGGGCCGAGAAACGGUGCGACACCGUCGGGAACGGAGACGGGAAGGACGAGGCGUGUUCACGGGGCAAAGGCAAAGACGGAGAAGCAGCCGCGCCGCAGGGAGAGGACGGGUCGGACGACGCGGCGAAGACUCAGAAAGAAACGGAUAAAACUGCGGGUAAAGAGGAAAACGCUCCGUCGGAGGCGACUGCCGAACCCGAACGCGAGACAGUCGCCAACGGAAACGCCGAAGUUGAAUUUAACAGUGAAGUCAUGGGAAAUGGAAAUGACUCUGCAGACGACGGUGAUGAAAUGGAUCAGUCAUCCAGUCCGGACACUGCAGCGGUGGCGACCCGCGAGACCGGUGCGGACGCCGAGCGCAAACCGCCCAACGGCACGGCGGACGCCGUCCAGGAAGAGGACAACAGGAUGCAGACGGACCAGGACACCAACCCAGAGAAACCACCGAAGAAGAAGAGGGAGGAGGAGAACGAGGCGCCGCCACCACCGAGCAACGGCUCCGCCGGAGGAGCCUCAGAGGAAAAGAGCAGAGCGGAUAAAUCCACGGAUCCAGCGAGCGCGGCGGCGGCGGCACAGACGCCUCUGAAAACUUUCAAACACUCGCCGACACUCUCGUCGGGACGGGAGGAAAAAAUCCCCCGGACGGAAUUUAAUCAAGUGCCCGAUAAGACGAAAGAGGAAGAAGAAGAAGAAGAAGACAUGUCGCAGGACGUGGCAGCGACAAACGGCUCAGUGACGAGCAGCGACAGACCUGUCGACGAUUAGAGGAGUCGGAGGAUAUUGAUAUACUGAUAUUGAUACGACGUCAAACCCGUCCAUCUCAGAGCCACAUGUUGCCGUGACACAGAAACACUUUGACUCUGAAAGAACUUUCUGAGCCUUUUUUUUCUACUGUAUUUGAUGUUGAUUGAUUCUUUUCAAUUUGAAGGAGCUGAUUGAUUGAUUGAUUGAUUGAUUGAUUGAUUGACCAAACGUGGGACUGGAUGUGACCGUCAAAUAUUAAAGAACAAGGCUGCAGAUGUUCAUAUGUAUUUGUUCGCAAAUCCCACGAAAAGAGCAGAAGUGACCCAAAAAAAUUAUUUCUGUGUUUUAUUUAAUAUCGUCAUGGCUACAACACACACACACACAACAAACGACGAGGAGGUCAUCUGUGAGUUUGAUGAAUUCACCGUCGGUUGUAAUCUUUUCAUGGGAUUUUGUUUUAGUUUUUUGACAAAAAAAAACAAAAAACAUUUACAUUUUCAAAAUUUAUUUUUUUUUUGUUUCUGGGGUUUUUUGCACUGAAAAAAAAAUAACUGAACCUUUUUUCCCUCUGUAGGUAAAAAAAAACAACUAAACGUCUCUGUUCUGAAAUCUCGUUGAUCAACUUUCAGAACUGAAUGUUGCACAACUAACUGUGUUGCCGUGCAGAUGUGGGGACGGAGACUUUUUGAACAACUGCCAAAAAAGAAAAAAGUGAGGAGACGUCUUGAUUGUACAGAACUGGACGAAGCUUCGUCGAUUAAUUUAAAAAGUCCCGCUGCGUGUUGAUGUGGGUCUCCAUUGCACUUAAUUUUUUUUGACUAUUAAUCGUUGGAAGUGAUGUUAUUUACAUGAUGAAAUGGUAUUAACCUUAACAGAAGAACUGAAUCCUUUAUAAAUGACCUUUCUUCUUCUGAAGCGAGCACCUGACUGUGGACGAAGCAGAAUAAAGUGAAACUAUUUUCUGA